AUGUGGAAACAUGCAAAUGUACUACCAGUACCUAAAGAAUCUAUCUUAAACUCUCUUAAUCAACUAAGACCAAUCUCUUUAACAGAUAUUAUAAUGAGAUUAUUUGAAAGAAGUGUGUUCAAAACUGAGAUAGCACAUGUUACAAGACACGCUAUUGAUUCGGAUCAGUUUGCAUACAAGGAAGGUCACAAUUCGAUUAUGGCUCUGAUCAAGUGCCAACACACAUGGUUAAGAUGGUUAGAAGGAGAUGCAAAAUAUGUCAGAGUAUUAUCUUUUGACUUUCGCAAAGCAUUCGAUAGCGUUCCACACGAUAUUUUAUGCGAGAAGCUUAAGAAGCUCCCCAUCAACCCAUAUGUUACUAAUUGGCUGAUUAGUUCUCUGGAGGAUAGGAAACAGAGGGUAGUGGUUGAUGGAAUAGAAACUGAAUACUUGAACAUUAAUCGAGGUGUUCCCCAAGGAACAGUUCUGGGUCCUGUCCUCUUUUCGAUCAUGGUGAAUGACAUCAAAACAGUUAACCCCAUAAACCAGUUAGUUAAGUUCGCGGAUGACAUGACAUUAGAAGUACCAGGAAUGAAAACGGAGAUACAUCCCAAGCCGAAGUGGACAGUAUACAAACAUGGUCUGAAAAUAAUCGAAUGUCCUUAA